CACCUGAAAAAUCGAAAACCAUCCUAUCCAUUCUCAUUUUCUCUUCAACAACAACAACAACAAUGGCAGCAACAAAGAUGCUGUUAUCCCCACACCCACACCCACACCACCCUCUCUGUUCUUCUCCUCCAUUUCUUGCGAAAUCCCACUGGCUACAACAACAACCCCCUCAAGUACCAAGGAAGCUCCAUGUGUCCCUUCAAGACCCCAUUAUCGAUUACAUCAUCACAAACCAGCAACAAGAACUGAACCCUAAUUCUAAUUCCCUGGUGUUGCUUGCGGAGAGUGUUGGUUAUUCUACAGCCAGUUAUUAUACUUCUUUGGGUCUCUUUGUUAUAUCUGUUCCUGGACUUUGGUCCCUCAUCAAACGUUCUGUCAAAUCCAAAAUUGUGAAGAAGACUUUCAUAGGUGAAGGGGAAAAGAAGGCGCCAAAUCAGGUUGCUGGGGAGAUACUAUCAUUCUUCACUCGUAACAACUUUGCGGUGACCAAUAGAGGAGAAACAAUCACGUUUGAAGGAACGAUGGUUCCUAGCAGGGGCCAAGCAGCACUAUUAACUUUCUGCACUUGCAUAAGUCUUGCAAGUGUGGCACUUGUGCUCACCAUAACUGUCCCGGAUUUCGGCAAUAACUGGUUUUUUAUCACAGCCUUAAGUCCAUUGGCUGGUGCAUAUUACUGGACUCGGGCAUCUAGAAAGGAGGAAAUUAAGGUGAAAAUGAUUGUUGAUGAUGAUGGAACCUUAUCAGAGAUCGUUGUUCAAGGUGAUGACCAACAAGUUGAACAAAUGAGAAAGGAACUCAAUCUCAGUGAAAAAGGAAUGGUCUAUGUUAAAGGCGUUUUUGAAAGAUGAUGGCAGAAUCAAAAUAUCAUAGAAGCCUCAAGAAACAAAAAGCAUCGGAAUCAUUGUGGAUGUUACUACUGGACUUGAAAAAAAAUGGAUAUAGCUUCUCCCAUAGAAGCCUUGGAAGCAUGGUGAAUCAGCUUGGUCAAGCAGCAAGUUAACAGUGGCUAAUUAAUUGUUUAAUUUGUUGGAUGGCACAAGUAUGCGAAAUGCUAGAUACCUAUUUUGCUAAAGCAGAAAAUGUCAAUGUUUUUACUUAAGACAUGCUCAGGGCUCAGCAGUACCUCAUUAUAAAGUUUGUUGUAAAGAAGCUUGGACUUUUCUGCUUAGGAAAAUUCUCUGUGGUUCACAUAUGCAGCAGUACCGCAUUUUAUAAUAUUUUCUGAUUUCUCUC